GGGAUAUAAGCCCCCGCCGCUCGUUAAUGUGAUCUACCUCUUCUCUCAGUAGUUCGUCCCUUCCCCUUGAAAGCCUCCCAUUUAUUCGAUUCUCAGACGUUCUAUCAGCCAUCAGUUGACAUACACCAAUGCCAGCAAUGGAGCCGCUGCCACCACCAAAGCCCCUUCGGUGCGGUCUUCCGCGAGUGAAUCGUCAGCGAUCACCCUCUCCUGUAUCGGUCUUUGACGAGGAGUUGGACUCGCCGCGGCGUGACACCGAUUCUAUCUCGAUCAACUCAAUGGAGAGCUUGCCGGAUUUCAUGGGGCGCACGGCGGUCGACAUCAACAAUGAUCACGUCACGACUGUCUACGAGGCCUGGGAAUUGAGCCUCAUAAACGAUGGACAGGUUCGCCAUUCUUGGAAGUCAGUCUUCGGCAUCAAUGUUGGCACUAAAUGGAUCAGCCGGAACGAUGGGUGCAUCUUAAUGAACCCUCUUGUCUCUUUCGAGCAAGGGGAGUUGGCCGACAUGCACGAGGAUGCCAUUCGAGGCCACAAGAACAAGCGUGGGACUAGCCAAAAGGUGGCCUACGACCAAGACCUUGCAAACAGAGCGUACGACCUCCCAAGCGAGGUCUACGAUAGGCUACAGAGCUUGCUUGAGGAUAAGAUCCUCGCAACCAACAAGAACCCGUAUCGAAAGCGAGAAUGGCGUCUCAUCAUGCUGCAGCCCGGAGAGUUCCAAAUGACGGAUCUCUUACCGGAACGCAAGCGGAAGAGCAUCUUUUCACGGGAGAAGAAGCCACCGGUGACCCGCACGUGGUUCGUGAUACUUCGCGGCCGGGAGGUUAAAUCGACCAAAGAAGACGGUGGCUGGAAGACAUUUACAAGAUAUUCGAACCCAUGGUGGAAAUCCGACAAACGCGAGACGAAAGAGGCACGAGAGCAGCACAAACAGAUGAUAAAGAAGAUGGACAGGGCUCGUCCUCGCUAUUCUCGCUAUCCGCCGCCUCCGCCGCCACCAGCCAAUCCCUUCAUUCCUGCACCCCGACCACCGAUGGGUCUAUGAUCCAGUCUACCUACUGAGCUCUGCUGGCAGUCCGGGAUUUACUUGGAAGUUGGGCGAUAGAUUGGACACUCGAGAGGGGAGACCAAGGGCGAUGGCCACCUCGGACUCUGAUUUCUGGUAGCUUGUUGGUGGAUUAGGAGGCUGACUAUGAUUUGUUUCUCGGAGAUGUAUCGGUUAGGAAUGAUUGAUUUGAUGAUGUUCACGAUGACACGAUUGGGUUUCCUAUAUCUAAAUUUAGUUUUUUCUUCCCCUCGGUAGCAGAAUGUCACUACAC